GUCGGGUAUGGUUAUGCCCUAAUUACCUCCCCUAUAGUCUGGUUCAAUCUAUGCGAUUCUGGUCUAAUUUUGUUCGGAUCAUUUCAUUAUUCGGGAUGAUUGCAACAUAAGUGUAAAAAGAAGGAAGAUGGAAGCAUUGGUGUGCAGAAAAAUCGGCGACCCAACAAUCCCACCCAACUCGUCGGAGAACUCUCCGCUCGCCUUUUCAACUUCAUAUCCUAUCCCAGAAAUCAACUCGCCCAAUUCUGUCCGGGUUAGAGUAAAAGCCACGAGCUUGAACUUCGCCACUUACCUGCAAAUCCAAGGAUUGUACCAAGAGAAACCUCCACUUCCGUUCAUCCCGGGAUCAGACUACUCUGGAAUCGUUGACGCCGUCGGAACAAACGUCACCAAGUUCAAAGCCGGCGAUCCCGUGUGCUCUUUUACGGGUCUCGGUUCAUUUGCCCAAUUCAUUGUUGUCGACGAAUCAGAUUUGUUUCGAGUUCCUGAUGGUUGUGAUCUUGUUGCGGCUGCUUCACUUCCUGUGGCAUAUGGAACGUCACACGUGGCCCUCUCUUACAGGGCACGUUUGCGUCGGGGUCAGGUCUUGAUGGUUCUUGGAGCAGCAGGAGGCGUUGGGGUUUCAGCUGUUCAAAUUGGGAAGGUUUAUGGAGCUACUGUUAUUGCCAUAGCUAGGGGAAAUGAAAAGGUGCAGUUUUUGAAGUCUUUGGGUGUUGAUCAUGUUGUUGAUGUGAGCAAAGACAAUGUGAUUGAAAACGUUAAGGAAUAUCUGAAAUCAAGAAAGUUAAGGGGGGUUGAUGUCCUGUAUGAUCCGGUCGGGGGAAAGCUUUCCAAAGACAGCUUGAAACUGCUAAAUUGGGGUGCACAGAUUUUGGUCAUUGGGUUUGCAAGUGGAGAUGUACCUGUCAUCCCAGCAAACAUUGCUCUUGUGAAGAACUGGACAAUACAUGGCCUGUACUGGGGAAGCUAUAGGAUACAUCAACCAAGUGUGCUUGAAGAUUCUGUUAAUGAGCUCUUAUCUUGGCUUUCAAAGGGAUUGAUUACCAUAAACAUCUCUCAUAGUUUUAGCCCGUCAAAGGCACAUCUUGCUUUCUCCGCUCUCAAAGAUAGGAAAGCGGUUGGAAAGGUUGUGCUUACUUUUGGUGAUGGCAACACAAACAGAUCUAAGCUUUAGUUGGUGAACAUGUUGAUAUGACUGAGAUGAGAUGCCUUUGUUUGGAUCUUAACCCACCUGCUAGAGUCUCUGACCAAAUUGUAAAGAAUCAGGGAAGGCAACGGCGUUGAUAAACUAUUAAAGAAAAUAAAGUAAUGCUUUACUCCUAUGAUUUCUGCUGUUAUUUGGUGGGAAAUCAAGUCAUAUAUUGCUGGGAAGUCUGUCAUAGCUACAGCACAAAGCCACAAAUCUUAAUGAAAUAAAUGCAUUACUAUUAAAUUUCCUCUUCGUUUUCAAUUGCAGGCACCAUUGGGCAUUUUUAUGUCUAUUUCGUAAUCUUCAUUUUGUUCUUAUUACAAUUCUCAUCAUCAAUAAUUUUCAC